CCUAGGCCCCUCCUCCGUGGGCGCUCGGGCUGGCUCCCGGGACCGCCCGCCCCGCCCAGCUCCGCGCCUCGCCGGAGCUGGCCUCCCCAGGGACCGCCCGCCGCCUUCCCGGCUGGCCCACGGGAGCCUGGCGGCGCAGAGGCACGGGUCUCGCCAGCCUGAGUGGAUCCUGGGAGACACGAGGGGCGGCUGCCGCAGGUCAGGAGGGGGUUGGGAAUAGAGCCCGGGGUCUUACCCCCGACCGAGAGCCGGGGGUUGCUUUUCUGUCCCCUACCUCGAGGCCCGCGAUUCUGCGGGUGUAGGCCGUCGUGGUGCGGGCGUUCGUGUUGGCACGCGUAGACGUAUUUUGUGGCCCGGAGACGAGUGUGUGUAUGUAGGCGGGAGUGGGGGUGGGGGCUCCAGCCCCGCAGCUCAGGGUGGGUCGGGCAAACAGAGGCCUGGCGUGGCUAGGCGCGCUGGUCACAGGCCCACCUGCCAUCCAGGAUCCAGGAAAGGGCCCCUUAUGUGGUAAGUGAUACAAAUGUGUAACCCUCACUAGUGGCAAGGACUACUGCAGUCUCUGUCACAAACCUACUUGCUGACUGGGCAGGGAAGUGAGUUUGGAGACAAGGCCGGAUGUGGUGGUGGAUGUUGGUGAGGUGGAGGGCCUGCCCCCAGGUUUCUUUUCGGUGCCUUUCUGGGCAAGAUCCAUUCUCAGCCCAGAUGGGGCUUCUCUUAUCCAGGCCUUAGGAAGCAGAUUCCAGCAGGAUCAGCCCUGUAGGCCCAGGUGGGUCCUGGGACUAAGUAGUCCUGUCCUUUAGGUUUCUUGUCUCCAGGCCAUCUGAAUUCCCAGGUGAGAAGGGACCAGGGAGCCUCUGGGCCACCAAGGAAACUUCCUGUCCAGUUUCUGGGCAGGAGGUGAGGGCUGGAUCCUGACCCUGGAGGCAGGAGUGGGGCUGUAGUCACAGGAAGCCCUGCCUUGGAGACUUGGGUUCCACUGGCUCAUGCUGUGAAGUCCAGGGGAGCGCCCCCCCAACCCUGCCAACAAGUCUCCAGCCUGGCUCUGAUUGAGGUGGGGAUGAGAGUCUCUGUGGUCUUCCCGCGUCAUCCCUGGACUCAGACCAGGGGUUUGCUAAGGUUUCCAAGCUGCUCUCCUCCAUCCUGAGCUGCACCCUGGCUCCUCCAGCUUUGGCCUGUGGGGACUAGCUCUGUCUACCCCACCCCAUCUGACAGAGGAGGGAACUGGUCCAGGUUGGUGAAUAGGGAGGUUGGGGAGGCGGGGUGGGUAACCAGCCCGGAGUCAAUCAGGAUGGAGUGAGCCAGGAGAGGGAGACAGACAACACCAAGGGACUCCCUGCAUCUGGCCUGAAAAAUUUCCCCCAUCUCACUACACAUAGCGGAUUUUGGACUCAGAGAAGACAUCUCCCAGCUCCCUUGCCUGAGUGUUGGCAUGACACUCCAACCCCUUCUCCAGGAGAUGCAGUCCCUGGGAGCCCUGCUGGCCGGCAGAGCCAUGCUUCACAACUCCAGCCACAGGGAAGGCAUGAUCCAUGUGGAUAAGACCCAGAGGGUGCAGGACAGGGACAGGGAAGGGGUAUGGGUAGGGGGAGCUCUGGCCCCCAAUACCUCCUCCCCAUUCCCCCCUGAGCCUCCAGGGGCCCCAGGCAGCAUUAUCCCUGUCUACUGUGCCCUCCUGGCCACGGUGGUCCUUGGUCUGCUCGCCUACGUGGCCUUCAAGUGCUGGCGCUCACAUAAACAAAGACAGCAGCUGGCCAAAGCUCGGACUGCAGAGCUGGGGGCCCUCGACAGGGACCAGAGGCAUGGGGACAGCGUUGUCUUCCUGGACAAUCCCCAGCUGCCCGGGAGCCAGGGGCCACAUCCUGAACUUGGCUGCCGGCUCUACCUUCAUCUCCCUCGGCAGCAGCAAGAGGAAGUGGAACGGCUCCUGGAAGUGUCCGGCGAACCCGACAAGGGCUGGCAGGGCCUGGCCGACCGCCUGGGCUACCACGCUGAUGCUGUGGAGAUCAUGGCCCAGGGCCAGGUGCCAGCCCACACCCUACUGAGGGACUGGGCCAUCAAAGAAGGCAGCGGGGCCACCCUCAGGGUGCUGGAGGACGCCCUGGCUGCCAUGGGCCGUGAAGAUGUGGUCCGGCUUCUGAGCUCCCCAGCUGAGGGCUGCUCUGUGGUGUGAGCGAUGCCACCACAGCCUGGCCUCUCAGGGAACCUGCUUUGGUGCUUCCCCCCCAAUUCCACAUAUGCUUUUCCUUCCUUGAGCUUCCUGGCUUUGAUGGCCUCAGCCUGCUCGGGUAGGAGGGAACAGAGAAGACCCGGCCACCACUCACCUCCCCUUAUCCUACCUUCCUCCAGGACAGGGACCAGGAAAUGGAGGGACUUAGCAGGGAGGAGUGGCCCUGCCCUCAUCCUCCCCACUCCAUCUCCCCUUAUUUAGUCUCAGCUGGUUUUUCUACUUUUGUAUCUCCUAUUAAAGGCAACUUUGGACUAC